UUCAUGUGUCAAUUUUGUUGUACUUUUCGGCUGUUUCUAUAAAAUGUUAAAUUAAUUUAAUUUUAAAGAAGUAUUCGUUGAUUGAUUAUUCAAUAUAUAAACGAUCAAUGACUAUUUGCAGGCGUGGGAUAAAUAAAUUGACCAAAAAACAAUAAAUUUAACCAAAAUGACUGUGGACGGCGACGACAAACCGUCCAGGGACCGUGUGUUCAUGGAUAUUUCUAUCGGAGAUCUUCCUUCAGGCCGGAUAGUUUUUGAGUUAUUUAACGAUGUGGCGCCGAAGACCUGUGAAAAUUUCCGGGCCCUUUGUGCAGGCGAUAAGGGGGUUGGGAAGACGACAGGAAAGCCAUUGACUUACAAGGGCAUGGUUUUCCACCGAGUGGUAAAAGAUUUCAUGAUACAAGGCGGAGACUUCACUAACGCAAAUGGGACUGGUGGAGAAUCAAUUUAUGGUGGAACCUUUGAAGAUGAGACGUUUGAACUGAAACAUGACAGUCCAUUCCUAUUGUCAAUGGCUAACAGAGGCAAAGACACAAAUGGUUCACAGUUCUUUAUAACAACACAGCCGGCACCGCAUCUCGACAAUGUGCACGUAGUGUUCGGCGUGGUGGUGGGCGGAGCGGCAUUGGUGCGGCAACUGGAGGCGCUGCCGGUGGACCGCAACGCGCGACCGCUGCAAGAUGUAGCUGUGACCAACUGUGGACAGCUCGUAAGAGUUAAGGGUAAAAAACGCAAACAGGACAAGGAGAAAGUAAAAGAUGACAGCGACGCGGACUCUGAGAAGUCUAAGAAAGACAAAAAGAAAAAGAAAGAUAAGAAAAAGAAGAGACACCACUCAGAGCCAUCCGAUGGUGAGCAGACACCGGAACCAGCCCAUCCGUUGGUCACCACCUCCAAGAUAGACCCUCGGGAGAUACCAGACGUGCCAACCAACCGGUUCCUCAUGAGAGGUGGAAGGGAUCAGGACAAAGAGAGGGGAGAUAGAGGGGAUAGAAGGGAAAGGGAAAGGCCAAGAUACCGUGAGAGGGAACGUCACGCGUAUACAAGGAGCGGACGCAUCGUUAAAGGCAGGGGAGUGUUUCGCUACCGCACGCCGUCCCGCUCCCGCUCGCGGUCCCGCUCGGUGACGCCGCCGCACUGGCGCCAGGCGCAGCGCCGCAUCGUCAAGCUGGCCGACGUCGAGCGCGUAGAAGCUGAGCGUGAACAUGAAACUUCAAAAAGAAUGAUAGAGAAACAAGGCAGAGCAUCUCGUACACCACCGCGGCCGCUUGUGGAAAAAGAGGAGGGCGAGUGUGAUGAUUCUGUUUUAGAGUCUCGUGAUGAACGCGUCGAUUACAAUGCGUUGGACUUUGAAGAGGAUAUGGAACAAGAAGAAGAAGGCGAAGUCCCCCACAAGAGGGUAGAGAGACGGGAGCCCCGCGCUGAGAACAAGGCCGAUAUACUAGCUCGAGCACUCGGCGUUAACCCCAAACAUGAACAGCUGUUCAGCAGGGACUCAAAUAAGAACCAGCGUGAGUUCCGUCGCCGCGAAGGCCCCGCUUCCACUGUGGCUUUCGCGCCAAAAGUGCCGUCAGCGGUUGCCAGCGUCACAGCAAAUGCUGAGAGGGAGCCGCCGAAGGGCAAGGACGAGUACGACCCGUUCAGCUUGCUGAGAAGCACGUUCAGUAGGAAUAAGGAGCAAGCGGCAAGACGUGAAGAAGCCGCAGACAAUCGCCGUGAAAUGGAACGACAGAGAGAUGAUAAAUACAACAAAAGGGACAAAUACAGGAGCGAAAGAGAGCGCUCAUACCAAAGAGACGAGCGGAAAGAGGACAGAGAUAGCCGCAAGAAAGAUAAAAUAGAAGAGAGAUCAGUCGAGAGGGAACAUCACAAAGACAAUGAAAUCAAAGGUAAAGACAAACAAGAUGACGUCACUCCAAAAGAUACUAAAACUUCAGAAGACAAAGAUGGAACUCCAGAAAAGGAAAAACAAAAAGAUAAAUCGACUGAGAGAAUAAGAAACAGCAAGUCGAAAGAUAGAUCGGUAGAUCGCGAUAGAUCGAAGGAUAAAUCCGACGAUAGAUAUAGGAAAGAGAAACGGGAUAGAGAUGAAAAGAGAGAUAAAUCUACCGAUAGAGAGAGAGUGAGACACGAGAAGAGAGAUAAAUCCACCGACAGAGAGAGGCCGAAGAGGGAUAGGUCGGUGGAGAGAGAUCGUCGUGAUAGAUCCGGCGAACGUAAACGCGACAGAUCUAUAGAUCGACGUGAGAAAUCCAGCGAACGAAAGAGAGAAAGAUCUAUGGAUCGACGUGAUAGAUCUAGUGAACGCAAGCGAGACAGAUCUAUGGAUCGUCGCGAUAGAUCACGUGAACGUAAGCGAGAUCGAUCUGUUGAUCGACGUGAGAGAUCUACGGAUCGUCAACGCGAUAGAUCUAGGGACAGACGUGAGAGAUCUAAAGAUAGGGAUGGUAAGAGAGAGAGAUCGAAGGAGAGGCGUGAUAGGACAAGAGAUAGAUCCCGGGACCGGCGCUCGGAGAAAAAGGAUAGAGAAACCAGCCGGGACAAGUCGACGGAGAGAUUUGAGAGAAAAGAUAAAGACGAUAGAAGAUCAAAAUCGCCAGAAGUAGAAAAGAAAGCUCCAGCCGCAGGGACAAAAGACAAAGAUGAGGAUGAGAAAAAGAAAGAGGAAGAAAGGAACGAAGCUCGCAAGGAGCUGAUGGAAAUAGUGCGCCUAAUUAAGUCUAGACAACGGGACAGAGAGACUAAAGCCGCAGAGGCAAAAAAGAAAAAGCCAGAGUCAUCGGACGACUCUUCUUCAGAGGAAGAUAGACCUAAGAAGAGAAAAUCCUCGGAUAGAGACAGGAAGAGGAGUAGGAGCAGAUCUCGUAAGAGCAGCGAGCGUGGUAACCGCCGUUCCCGAUCUCCGCGCAGACAUCGCCGACGACGGUCUUCUGAACGUUAAACCAAUAAAUACCAUCACGAAUAGUCACUUACCAUGAAAUACAGUCACUUUUAGUCACUUACCAUGAAAUACAGUCACUUUUAGUCACUUACCAUGAAAUACAGUCACUUUUAGUCACUUACCAUCAAAUAAAGUCACUUUUAGUCACUUACCAUCAAAUACAGUCACUUUUAGUCACUUACCAUCAAAUACGGUCACUUUUAGUCACAUACCAUCAAGUACACACACUUUUAGUCACUUACCAUCAAAUACAGUCACUUUUAGUCACUUACCAUCAGAUACCAUCACUAAUGACUAUCAUUUGCAGUUACAGUUGUUCACAAACCAUUAAUUUAUAGUCACUGAUCAUGAUUCAGAUCAUCAAUUAACAUUAUUUACCAUCACUUAAAACUAUGAUGUAGCAGUAAUGUUUCCAGUGUGGUGAUGGCGAUAGACAAUAUAUAGCGCGGUCAUUUUUCCACAAUACCAAGUAAAACUUUUUUUCAUCUCUUCUACAACCGUUUAUGGUUUAUUA